AAACAUAUCACGAGUCAUUACAAGACAGCCAACCUGUUUCUUCCUCCCCCAUUUCUCUCCUCCUAGUAGAGACAACAGCCUACCUUCUGCCUUCUGCUAAUUAUUUCCACACCUCUCACUUUCUAUGCGAAACCAAGCCCUCCAAAGUUGACCAAACAAAAAGGCCUCCAACUUAAGUGCUUUCUGUGCUGAAGUGCUUUUUCCAACCAUGGUUUUUAACAAGUCACUGAAGUUUGUUCUUGCCCCCUCUUUUCUUGUCCUGUAUUUUAAUUCCAUUAAUUUGCAUGCCCUUAACAUUGGUGUCCAAGCCACAGAUGCCUCCGUUGUUCUGAGUAAAGAUUGCAGCAGAGAAUGUGAGUCAGAGUUCUGUACAGUGCCUCCAUUUUUGAAAUAUGGGAAGUAUUGUGGGCUUUUAUACAGUGGAUGCCCAGGGGAGCAACCCUGUGAUGGCCUUGAUGCAUGUUGUAUGAAGCAUGAUAACUGCGUUCAAUCCAAAAACAAUGACUAUCUAAGCUCAGAGUGCAGCCAAACGUUCCUAAAUUGCAUGGCAGAGUUCAAAAACAAAAGAGGGAAAACGUUUAAGGGGAACAAAUGCCAUGUUGAGGAUGUUGUGGAAGUUAUAACCCUUGUCAUGGAGGCUGCUUUAGUUGCUGGAAGAUAUCUCCAUAAGCCUUAACACCGCAGCAGCUACCCUCUAGUCAUUUCUAAUUGUUUCACAACUUCGUUUUCUUCUUCUUUUUUCCUUAUUUUUACGUGUUCUUUCUUCCUGCAUUACUUAAAUCGAAAAAAAAAACAAAUUUAAUUCUGAAUUCUCACAAAAAAUGCAACAAAUUUUCAUAGAAAGAUUUGAAGAAUGUAAAUUUAUGCUUAAAUUUUGCAGAUGCCAAGGUUGAGAUGGUGUUGUUAUCCAUUUCUCCUUCUCUAAGUCUAAUAUUGCACAAUGCA